AUGUCUAAAUCAUUAGACCCAGGCCAUUUCUUUCAAAGUGAUGCCUCUGAGGCCAACAGAGCCCGCAAGGAUGCUAAGUCAAAAAAUAAAAAUGGCAACCCCAUAGUGCUGCAGUCUAAAAUCCUUAAUGCUAUACCUGAUCCAUUUAAUGAAAGCUGUGUAUACAUUGCCGAAAGCGCAGGCUGUGUACGAAGGGUUAAUGUUGAGACGAAAAGUUUCAAAACUGUUUACCGAGGGCCAACCGCACCACUUACAUCCGUUGCGAUUGGUGGAGUUGGCAGCUCGAUCGUCUACGCCGGGUGUUGGGAUAGAGAUAUUUGGAGCUGGGAUCGAGAAACGAAGGCACUCUCAAAAAAACUCAAGGGCCAUACAGAUUUUGUCAAAACUAUAAUCACCUCAAAACUUAAUGGAACGGAUAUUCUUAUAUCUGGGGGGGCCGACUCAAAGAUCAUGGUAUGGGCUACGAAGACAGGAGAGAAACUCCAUGUGAUUCAAGACAAAGACAGCACGAUGUCAGCUGUCCAGAAUCUUUCUAUAGAUCCUUACGAGUCAACUACAUCAAAUAUUACUUUAGUUUCAUCAAGUAGCGACCCUGUGAUCCGGAGAUGGCAUAUUUAUGCCUUGGCAGGAAAUAAAAUUAUGCAUGAAGCACCAAGCUCUCUUUCGUCUCAGGGGAGGAAUAGCCGAGGGAUAAUUCGUGAAAACGAGACUAGUGUCUACCAGAUAUUAUUCUCAGGCGACGAUGAAGAUUCAGACUUAUGGACUUGUAGUGCGGAUGGAACUGCAAUGUGUCUAUCUCGAGCUAGUAAUUGGGUCGCUCAGGAAAUUUAUGAGCAUGGAGAUUACGUACGGGCUGUUGCGGUUACAGAUGACUGGGUAGUUACUGCUGGACGAAAUGAGGAUAUAAAUGUGUGGAGCAGAGCUACGGGAAAGCUGUGGCAUAUUUAUGAAGGUCAUUUUGAUGAAGUAACAGGUCUGGUAGUUAUAGAGAAAGGAAAGAGAAUAGUAAGCGUCGGUAUCGACGGCACAGUACGAGUUUGGGAGCUUGGGAAAAAAGAGCUAGAAAAGGAGAUCGAGAAAAGACGUCUUGGUGAUUCCCAUCAGGAAGCUGUCCCAACAAUCCCCAGUUUAAUGACAGCUGAAGAGGAAGAUGAAAUCGCUGAAUUAAUGAACUCUGACUAA